GCGGGGCCGGUGUGUGUGUUGGGGCAAGGGGGCGGGAGCCAAGAGGCGGAAGUUCCCGCGGGCCGUGGGGAAGGCGCAAGCCGCGCUAGUCACUUGUCAGCGCUCGUCUGAUUCGGAGGCAUCGCGGCGCCGGCCCCGAGUUUCUUUCAUUUUGAGGGAUUGGACUUUGCGUCGUUAGAACCAUGAGCAACUACAGUGUGUCCUUGGUGGGCCCAGCUCCCUGGGGUUUCCGGCUGCAAGGUGGCAAGGAUUUCAACAUGCCUUUGACAAUCUCAAGUCUAAAAGAUGGUGGCAAAGCAUCCCAGGCAAACGUAAGAAUAGGCGAUGUGGUUCUCAGCAUUGAUGGAAUAAGUGCCCAUGGCAUGACUCAUCUGGAAGCCCAGAACAAGAUUAAGGGUUGUACAGGCUCUUUGAAUAUGACUCUGCAAAGAGCAUCUGCUGCACCCAAGCUUGAGCCAGUUCCUGUUCAAAAGGGAGAGCCUAAAGAAGUAGUCAAACCUGUGCCCAUUCCAUCUCCUGCUGUGUCCAAAGUCACUUCCACAACCAACACGGCCUACAAUAAGGCCCCGCGGCCCUUUGGUUCUGUGUCUUCACCAAAAGUCACAUCCAUCCCAUCACCAUCGUCUGCCUUCACCCCAGCCCAUGCGACCACUUCAUCACAUGCUUCCCCUCCACCCGUGGCCGCUGUCACCUCUCCCCCAUUCGCUGCAUCUGGACCGCAUGCUAACACCAGUCUUAGUGCUGACCAGCGGUCAUCCGCUCUGAGCGCUGGUAAACCUGCAGUUAAUGUCCCACGGCAGCCCACAGUCAGCAGCGUGUGUGCCGAGACUGCCCAGGAGCUAGCGGAGGGACAGCGAAGAGGAUCCCAGGGUGACAGUAAACAGCAAAAUGGCCCACCAAGAAAACACAUUAUGGAUCGUAAUACCGAGUUUUAUCACAUACCUACUCACAGUGAUGCCAGCAAGAAGAGACUGAUUGAGGAUACUGAAGACUGGCGUCCGAGGACUGGAACGACUCAGUCUCGUUCUUUCCGAAUCCUUGCCCAGAUCACUGGGACUGAACAUCUGAAAGAGUCUGAAGCUGAUAAUACAAAGAAGGCAAACAAUGCCCAGGAGCCUUCUCAGCAGUCUGCCCCAUUAGCAGCUGCAGCUUGGAGCUCCCCCGAGAGGCCGGGAAGCCCAGGCUCGACCAGACCAGGGGUGGCCGGGCUCACCACUGCUGCUGCCUUCAAGCCUCUGGGGUCCAGUGGGAUCAAGUCACCAAGCUGGCAACGGCCCAGCCAAGCAGCACCUUCCGCUGGAAGAGUCGUAAGCAGUGGACCAUCCACAGGAGUCGUGGCACCAGCCAACUCAGCCAGAGGGCAGCCUCAGCCCAGUAAUGAGGACACUUUGGUGCAAAGGGCCGAGCAUAUUCCCGCAGGGAAACGAACUCCAAUGUGCGCCCACUGCAACCAGGUUAUCAGGGGACCAUUCCUAGUGGCAUUGGGGAAAUCUUGGCACCCAGAAGAGUUUAACUGUGCUCACUGCAGAAAUACAAUGGCCUACAUUGGAUUUGUAGAGGAGCAGGGAGCCCUGUAUUGUGAGCUCUGCUAUGAGAAAUUCUUUGCUCCAGAAUGUGGUCGAUGCCAAAGGAAGAUCCUUGGAGAAGUCAUCAAUGCUUUGAAACAAACUUGGCAUGUCUCCUGUUUUGUGUGUGUGGCCUGUGGAAAGCCUAUUCGUAAUAAUGUUUUUCACUUGGAGGAUGGUGAGCCCUACUGUGAGACUGAUUAUUAUGCCCUCUUUGGUACUAUAUGCCGUGGAUGUGAAUUUCCCAUAGAAGCUGGCGACAUGUUCCUGGAAGCUCUGGGCUAUACCUGGCAUGACACUUGUUUUGUAUGCUCAGUAUGUUGUGAAAGUUUGGAAGGUCAGACCUUUUUCUCUAAGAAGGACAAGCCACUUUGCAAGAAACAUGCUCAUUCUGUGAAUUUUUAAAAGUCAACUGUCCAGGGGAAGAGAAGAAAUUUGAAGAGAAAGAGGAGAAUUUAAAUUACCAAUUAAUUUUUAGAUUUAAUAUUUAUAUGAAGUUUUGAAAAAUAAUAGUGGCCCUUAGGGGAUAAAUUCCAAGCUUUGAAAACCAAGUCUAUGAGGAAAUAUUUGGCUUCAUAAAGUAAAGAAACAGUUUGGUGUUUAUUAUUACUUUUUUCCCUGUAUUUUUGCCCAUAAAGUAACUUUUAUAAAAAUCAAUUUCCUGGUUGACUAUUAAAUUCAUCUUAGAAUAAAUUAGUGAAGAAUCAAAUUUUAGAAUAAAAACCUUCAACUUCUAUGCUGAGAUAACUAAAGUUUCUUUCCUUGUUAGGUAGUUUUGAGUUAAUCUAUAAAAAGACAAUGAAAAUGCCUUACACUUAAAUGAAACAUUGUGUUUUUCUUAAAAAAAAAAUAGCAUUUAUCUUUAAAACAGUAAAUAGGAAUUUAAACAAAGAAUUUUAUCAGUAGUAGGUGUCAGGUUUUUUUAAACUGUAUACAUUUUUUUUUGUUGUUUUUACAGUUGAUCAUUCCAAUAGGAAAGGCCAAUGAGAUUUUAAUCAAAAUAUGUCUUGCCAGUAGGAAAUGUUAUAUUUUUGUGUGAUUUCCCUCCACCCCUAAAAAGCCACCAUGUAGCUUAUAAAUUUCAAUGUUUUGCCUUUUAUUAGAAUAUGACCAUUUUCUAUUAAUUGUGUAUGUUUUAUCAUCUUUGUCAGUCAAACUAUUUUUUUCCCCUUGCCUUAUGCUGAGGUAAAGAGCUUGUUGAAUAACUUUGGACUCUGAAAGUUGUCUCUCUCUUUAAAGAGAAUAAAUAGAAAAGAAUGUGGUUGGGAGUGAUGGUAAAUCACAAGAUUGGAUCAGAAAUUUUUUAGAAUUCCCCCCUUUUAGACAGUGAGUCAGUUUGAUCAGUUCCAGAGUUAUACUAUAGACUAAUGAAGGUUUGAAAGUUCUCUUUGCAGAAUAAUUUUUUGUUGUUGUUCAGUUCUACAUUAGAAAAGUAAAAUGUUGGUUUGAGAAUAUGAUAAAAAUUUAGUUUUUUUUUUUUCUUUUGGUAGUUUUUUCUCAAUAAUAAAUGAACCACUUCUAAAAGUAAUCAUGAAGUUUGGAAAGCUUUUGUUCACAGAGGUUCGAUAGUAUAGAGAGGAACAUGAUUAAUUACUCAGACCAGCCUGUUCUUUGUUUUCUUCAUUUUAGGGGAAAAAAUUAUGUAGAUACCACAUGAAGACAGAGAAACAAUUGUGGUAAGAUCGUGAAUCCUGUUGAUAUUUGCCCAGUGAGAAAAGAGAUUAUGGCAUUUGGUAGGUUUUUUUUUCCUUUGUUUCCAGAAUGGACAAAGCCCAUGAUCACACAAGUUAUCACUUGGAUUUGGUUGGGGAAGGGUGCUUUUACAGUUGAGACUGAGCCCUACCCCCUGCCCGUCCCAUCCAUCACUUGAGACUUCACUUCCAUUGUGUGCAUGUUUGUUAGAGAGCAGGGUGUUAGGCUACAAUAUUUGUUUAACCUCCCUAAGAACUGUUCAAGGUAUCUGUCCUGAAAGCUGCUAAUUCAUGGUCUAGCAGACUUACAUUAUAUGCAGAUAGUAAUUAACUGGGAAUAAAAGAAUGAGAAGUGUGACGCAAAGUAGCAAACUGAAUGUUUCACCAAUGGCAUCCCAGAACUGUCCCCUUGCCCUGCAUCUUGUAGGGAGGCAGGGAGUUUUUUCUGUUGUGUUUUAAAAGCUGGAACUGAAUCGUACCAUAUUUCCCAUUGCUGCUGAAACCACCCAUAGAAGACACGCUGCAUUGUCACGUAUCUUAAUGUUAGUUCUUUGCCUUACAUGACAUAAAAUAAGUUGGUGGUUUUGUUUUAGUGUGGUAGAGAUUUUUUUAUUGUUUUUUAGUUUUGCUUUUACAGAUGGUAAAGAGUCUGCCUGCAGUGCAGGAGACUUGCAUCUCUAGACUCGCAUCCUUAGAUCCGGAAGAUCCCCUGGAGAAGGAAAUGGCAACCCACUCCUGUAUUCUUCCCUAGAAAACCCCAUGGACAAAGGGGCCUGGCAGGCUAUAGCCCAUGGGGUCACUAGGAGUCGGACACGACUGAGAGACUUCACUUUACAGAUUAUAUGCCAAGAGAGUAUUUGAUAAGUCAGUGGUAUUGGAAUGGCAUUUGGGUAUUUCAUUCAAAGAAUUUUAUUUGAUCUGGAUUUCUUAUAAAGUUAUAUUAAGGAUUUUGUUUUUAUUACACUUUUCUUUCUGCAUAUUAUUCAUGGAACAUAAUGUUGCAUUUCUCUAAAUUUUAUCCCUAAAAGGAUAAUGUCAUUUCCUAACAUCAUUUGUUUUUGGCUUUGUCCUUUGCUUCUAUGGCAAAGCCUUCUUCUGUCUAUUCUUAAAACAGUUAAUCCUGUGAAAUAAAUACUGACUAUAACCCAGAAGAAUCUCUGUAUUUUAUAGUGGGGAAUGCCAUAUUUAAUACACCAGCAUUAAUCUUUUAAUAACUGGCAGAGCACUUUAUUCUUCUGGUGAGCUCCCAGAAUAUUUAUUUUUCUGAUUAUAAAUAUUCCAUGUCAGUAGCAUUUUUGAAUUGUUACCUCCUUAUUGUAGAGCAUUACUUUUAGUCUCUCUUGAUGUAUAUUUUGGAAUGUUGUGCUUAGAAUAAUACAGAUUAAAAUCACAGUAUGUGAUUCGAAAACAUCCUCUGCUUGGUUUCCCAGUUUCUAAAUGUAUGGCAUGUCUUCAAGGGCAAAAUGUUGGUCACUGAAGUAGCGUCUAAAAAUAAUGCCCUCUACAUGUGCUUGUAGCAUUUGUAUUUCCUAUUGAUUCGAGUUACAGUUAGCAACUAAAAUUAAAACCUGAUCAUUGGUCACUGUGCAAACAAGUAGAAAUUAGAGUGUAAAUCUUCAAAACAGCAUUAUGUUUAAAAAUGAUUAUAACAAAAACAGUAUUCAUGUUAACAUUUUCGAGGACUACUACUAUAGAAAAUACUCUUUCCUGUUCAAGUGUGAAUCUAGAGUUAUGUUAACAUUUUGGUGAUAUUUGGGGUUUAGUUAUUGCUAUUGCAAUAGAGGCUUUUCAGACAUAAGGGAAGGGAAAACACACUGAAUCAUUUAACACAAUUUGAUGUGUCUUCCGUCUGUCCUCCUUCAACCCCCAAAUGUUUUAAGGUUUUGGGUUUGGAUUCUCAAUAUCUCAUUUGCCAUAUGUAUUAGUCUCUAUCUUCUGUUUCUCUGCAUUUUUUAGUUUGUAUAUGUCCGUGCUAUUUUGCUUCUGGAUACAUUUUCUAAUUAAAAACCACAUGAGAAAUAUAAUCAGUAUAUAAACCUUAAUGUGCACAUAAUAAAUAAAUGGCUGCAGUGAUACAAACAA